AUGGAACUCUACCUUAACUCUCCUCUUGUAAGACCAAUGCCAUCAAACUCUACUGUUAAUUUCCAUAUUCACAAGGUCCUGGAACUAAAUGGUCGAGACGACAAGGUGACCCGCCGCGCCCUCAGCCUGGCGCGGCCGUGGACAUCGCUCGAGACGGCGGCCACGACCAACGCCACCGCGGCAGGAGAGGUCCUCCUCCCGGGGGGAGCGGCGGCCCCGACUGACAGGCCGUCGCUGAGGAUCCCCCGCCGCAGGAAGAGGGGGAGGAACCCGAAGGUGACCAAGAAGAGGAACGGGAGGAAGUGGAGGUACGAUAAAGAGGAGAGACGGAGGAGGAGGUUGCAGCAGCAGCGUCGGAAGUUGAGGCUGACCCUCGGACUCGAGGACGACCUCGGGAGGAAGGAAGAGGCACAAGCCAAGAGGAAGAAGGAACAGAAGAUGAAGGAGAGGAAAGGAGGAGCGAAGUUCGGGAAUUCUUUUAAGAAGAAGAAGCAGGCGAGAGGAAAGAGAACGUCGAAGCCGAAUAUCAUUUUCUUCUUAAUCGAUGAUUUAGGCUACAACGACGUCCCGUGGCACAACCCCGACAUCCGCGCCCCCGAGAUGCUGCGUCUGGCGAGGAAGGGCAUCGUGCUGGAGAACCACUACGUGCUGCCGCUGUGCACGCCCUCCCGUGCCGCGCUCCUCACGGGCCUCUACCCCUUCCGCUACGGCCGGCAGGGAUCCCACACGCCCCUGAGUCCUACGGGGCUCAACACCUCUAUGACGCUCCUUCCCCAACGCCUGAGGAACCUCGGCUACCGCACACACCUGGUUGGAAAAUGGCAUCUCGGGUACUGCAAUAAGGCUUACACGCCCACGGAGAGAGGUUUCGAUAGCUUUUACGGCUUCUACCUGGGGAGUCAAGACUACUAUACGCAGUACAGACAGCUUGGGCCGAAAAAAGGUUCUCCCUUCUGGUCGGACAAAAACGAGGUUUUGUUCGACCACGACUUCGGACAAUCGCCUCUGGACACUGAGGAUGAGCUGAAGGACUUGGAAGGCGCUAAGGACGACCGCAACGACCAAGAUGACAGAGGACACAGCUGGCUCAACGAACUGACCAGCAACGACGGUGGCUACGACUUCCGCUUCAACGACACGCCGCUCAGGAACGUGUCGGGCAUCUAUUCAAACAACCUGUACGCCGCUCGUGCCAGGGACAUCAUAAGGGAACACGCGGCUCGAGGAGGCAGAAAUAACCCGCUGUUCCUCAUGUUAUCCCUGCAAUCAGUCCACGGCCCCGUCGACGUCCCCCUAGACUACAGACGGCAACACAGGAACAUCAAGAAUCUAGCCAGGAGGACCUUCCACGGUAUGCUGAGUGCGUUGGACGAUCUGAUUGGCCAUGUGGUGAAUGAACUCAAGAAAUCCGAUCUUUACCACAACUCCAUCAUCGUCUUCAGUACUGACAACGGCGGGAACAUCAGGUCAGGAGGCAACAACUUCCCACUCCGAGGGAACAAAGGAGGCGUGUUCGAGGGCGGGACGAGGGGCGUGGCCUUCAUUCACUCUCCUCUCUUGCCGAAGACAGGUUUCAAAUACGAAGGGCUGAUGCACAUAGUGGACUGGCAGAGUACUCUCCUGCACGCCGUGGGGGCUACCAAGUCCCCCUUCAGAAAGCGGAGGGGCGGGGGGCACGUGACCACCCCGGAGGACGACGACCCCGAGACCUGGGAGGACGACGACCAGCCCCAGGGGUGGGAGGGCGACGGACUCAACCUGUGGGAGGCGAUCACGACCAACUCGGAGUCACCGCGGACGUCCUUCGUUUAUAACGUGCGGAAGGGACCGCUGAGGGGGGCCAUACGGAGGAAGCACUGGAAGCUCGUCGUGGGCGGAGGCGGGCGGUUCGACGGGUGGGUGCCGCCUCAGACGUGGCCCGCGGGAGGGAAAUUCGGCUUCCUACCCACGCACUGUUGCUCGUCUUGGUACACGAAUAUGCCUGCGAAUCACGUUGUGUUGUAUAAUAUAAGGGACGACCCCCUCGAAACCACCGACGUCUCCCACUUGUACCCUGAAGUGACGGCCACUCUGAAGUCCCGCCUGAGGAGGUAUGCGGCCCAGAGCGUCCACCCGCAUACCCCAAGGGACGACCCCAACGGGCAUCCGAGGUUUCACGGAGGGUUCUUCUCGUCUGGCUGGUGCGAAGCUGUUGUCUGAGGCGAUCUUUUAAAUGGAUUUUUUUUUUUUUUUUUUUAAUUUUUUUUCCUAUUUGGAUGUGUUUUUAGUGUUAUUUUUUUGUUUAUCUGUUUAUCAUUUUUAUUAUUCGUUUCAGUUGCGGUAUUGCGUUAUUGUUUACUGCAUUCCCCCCCACACAAUUUUUAUUUUAGUU